ACGCGACUGCAUUACGCACUUGAGCUUGAUCUGCGACCAUCUUCAGACUUGCAUCCUCGAAAAUACACACUCUCGGACAACUCACACAACGGACAUGGACGGAGGUGACUUUAGCGAAUUUAUGCAGGGAGCGGCUCAGGGUCAGCAGCGGAGGGGUGACGGUAGUGUUCCGGACAAUGGAGAAGUCAUCCACAUUUCAUCGCUUGCGCUUCUCAAGAUGUUGAAGCACGGACGAGCAGGAGUACCUAUGGAAGUCAUGGGUCUCAUGCUUGGAGAGUUCGUCGACGAGUAUACCGUUCAAGUGAUCGAUGUCUUUGCCAUGCCACAAUCAGGAACAACUGUCUCGGUCGAAUCUGUUGACCAUGUUUUCCAAACCAAAAUGAUGGAUAUGUUGAAGCAAACUGGCCGGUCAGAGAUGGUCGUGGGCUGGUAUCACUCGCAUCCAGGUUUCGGCUGCUGGCUAUCAAGUGUCGAUAUCAAUACACAACAAUCAUUUGAGUCUCUUGACCCCCGCUCCGUUGCCGUCGUCGUCGACCCCAUUCAAUCCGUGAAGGGCAAAGUCGUGAUUGACGCUUUUCGGCUCAUUAGUCCACAAACUGUCCUGGCCGGUCAAGAGCCUCGGCAGACAACCUCUAACAUCGGCCAGAUCAACAAACCUUCCAUUCAAGCUCUCAUCCACGGUCUGAACAGACAUUAUUAUUCCAUUGUCGUCAACUACCGCAAGACAGACCUUGAACAAGCCAUGCUGAUGAACUUGCACAAGCGGAAUUGGACAGAGGGUCUGACAUUGCGCGAUUUCAAGGGACACAAGGAGAAUAAUGAGAAAGCUAUCAAAGUAUGUCUUUGAUUGAGUUUCAACUCGGUCUUUCUACUCUCUCAUGGUGUUGAAUGUGUACUGAUCGUGUGACCCUCCCGGCAUACAAUAAGUCCGUGCAAGAAGAAUCAACGCUGACACCUGAACAGCUCAAGACGAGACACGUGGGCAAGCAAGAUCCUAAACGUCACCUUGAGGAGGCCGUGGAGAACGCCAUGGGUGAUCAGGUGGUGCAGAACUUGGGUACUAUGCUGCUUGCAGAACUAUAGAAUACAUGUAUUCCCUGCCGUUUGAUUGCGUCUUUUACCCUUUUUCUCUCGCGGACAAUACCGAGCACUGCGAACUGUAUCAUCAUCUUUGACCUUCCAAGCAGUUCUAUCAGUGUGUCUUGCUGCUUUGGAUGUGCGAGGAUCAUCCGAAGAGCUCUAAAAUCGAUCUGGACUAGGUCUGACAGGCGUGGCAAUAGGUUACAGCGUGCCUCAGAACGAC